ACUGCCACGCCCUGUGGUCGGCCUGUCCCGCGGGCACCGUGGCCGCAGGGAGCAGCCGCCAUGACGCCCACCCUCACGGCCCUGCUCUGCCUCGGGCUGAAUGUGGGCCCGAGGACCCGCGUGCAGGCCGGGACCCUCCCCAAACCCACCAUCUGGGCUGAGCCAGGCUCUGUGGUCCCCCGGGGGAGCCCUGUGAACAUCUGGUGUCAGGGCACCCUGGGGGCCCAGUGGUACCGUCUGCAAAAACAUGGAAGUUCAGUACCUGGGGACACACAGAGCCCACUGGGACCCGGGGACAAGGCCACGUUCUCCAUCCCAGCCAUGACAAGACAGCGCACAGGGAUGUAUCGCUGUUCCUAUCACAGCCCCACUGGCUGGUCAGAGCUCAGUGACCCCCUGGAGCUGGUGAUGACAGGAGCCUACAGCAAACCCAGCCUCUCAGCCCUGCCCAGCCCUGUAGUGACCGCAGGAGGGAACGUCACCCUUCAGUGUCACUCAUGGCAGGGACUCAAACAGUUCGUUCUGAUGGAGGAUGGAGAACACAAGCCCUCCAGGACCCUGGAUGCACAGCGACUCCCUAGUGGGCAGCCCCAGUCCCUGUUCCCUGUGGGCCCCGUGACCCGCAGCCGCAGGUGGACGUUCAGAUGCUACGGGUAUUUGAGGAAGAGCCCCCAGGUGUGGUCGGAGCCCAGUGACCCCCUGGACCUCCUGGUCUCAGGUGUGUCCGGGAAGCCCUUCCUCCUGAGCCAGCAGGGCCCUGUCGUGACCCCUGGGCAGAACCUGACCCUCCGGUGUCACUCUGACGUCGGCCAUGACAGGUUCGCUCUGACCCAGGAUGGGGGACGAGGCCUCCCUGAGAGCCUUGUGCGGCAGCCCCAAGCCCACAUUCCCCUGGGCCCUGUGAGACCCUCACACGGGGGCCGGUACAGGUGCUACGGGGGACACAGCCUCCCCUCCGAGUGGUCGGCCCCCAGCGACCCCCUGGACGUCCUGGUGGCAGGACAGCUCCCGGACAGACCCUCCCUCUCGGUGCAGCCGGGCCCCACGGUGGCCUCAGGGGAGAAGGUGACCCUGCUGUGCCAGUCGGGGAGCCCAAGGGACACUUUCCUUCUGUCCAAGGAGGGGGCAGCCCAGCCCCCCCUGCGUCUCAGAUCAAAGAACGGGGCACAGCAGAGCCAGGCCGAAUUCCCCAUGAGCCCUGUGACCUCAGCCCACGGGGGCACCUACAGGUGCUACAGCUCAAACAGCAGCGCCCCCUACCUGCUGUCACACCCCAGUGACCCCCUGGAGCUCCGGGUCUCAGGCCCGAAGUGGCCGGUGCUGGUCCUCGUCGGGGUCUCCGCGGCCUGCGCCCUCCUGCUGGCCGUCCUGCUGCUGCUCCUGCUCUGCCGCCAGCGGCUGCGCAGGCGCAGGAAGCCGGGUGCUGCGGACGCCGAGCCCAGGGACAGAGGCCCGCGGCGCAGCUCCGGCCCCGCUGCUGACGCCCAGGAGACCCUCUAUGCCACCGUGACGGACGCACAGCCGGAGGGGGUGGAGCCGGACCCCCAGCAGAGCACGCAGGACGAAGACGCCCCGGGGGGCACGCAUACCCAGGUGAGCCGCUCCAGGUCAAGACUCAGCAGGGGAGCGGCCACCUCUCAGGGGAUGUUGCUGGACCCGGACAGUCAAGCAGAGGAGGACAGGCGCAUGGACAGUCAGGCUGCUGCACCUGACGCCCCCCAGGAGGUGACCUACGCCCAGCUGAACCACCCGACCCUCAGACAGGAGACCCCAGCGUCCCCUCCCUCCCAGGCAGGGCAGCCCCCAGCAGAGCCCAGCGUCUAUGCGGCUCUGGCCACCCGCUAGCCAGGAGGGCCUGACCCGCACGGCAGGGGCAGACUGGCGGCACCCCAAACCUGCCCCCGUGGACAGUACCUAACGACCCACCAGCCUGGACUCCUCAAGUGGACCCCCAGGAGCUCCUGGGACCCUCUGGGAGCCCCUGAUCCUGCAGCAAGGACAGCCAAUACUUUUAUGUUUGGGAAAUAAAGCCACAGAUGUCUCAGUAAUCCCCGGGUGAAAUGGGAAAACCACGCGGGAGUGAGAGAGGGUUUUACAUUGAGUCAGAAGGGACGUGGACACGGCAGACCCGUGAAAUGGAAAGUUAGGAACCGCGGGUGAAUGUAUCAGGAUAUAGUAGGAAUGUAGGAAAACAGUCAGCAACCUAAGGUACUGUAUCAGGCGUGUGGGAAAAGCGUCACGUUCUUCCAAACGAAGGCAGAAGGAGGGGAAUACUGCUGGGAGCGGCACUAAGGGGACCCAGCGAACCUAGAGAAAAGUCAACAUUCCAGAGAACCUCGUUCUUGAAAACUUUAAUCACAUUUAUCAAUCCCAGCCGCACGGCCAAGGAAAAAAAGAGAGAAGGCCCCCACACCCCUCAUCAGGACAGCAGGGCAGGUGCCACAGACUGUGGGGAACAGACCGUUGUGAACCACUGCAGGCCAGCAAGGGACAGACUGCAGGCAAAAUGAACAAAAUCCUCAAAAAUAUAAUUUACCAAAAUGAUGGUGUGUAAGGAUACACACAAAAGCCUGAAUUGUCCUCAUUAUUAAAUAUGUUGAACCUGAAAUUUAAAAUUGUCAUGCAAUGUGAACUUCAGAAAGCUUAAAUGGUGAAUGCAUGUAAACACUUAUACAUUUAUGAAAUGCACACACAUACACACACACACAGGAACACAUACACCAAAGUCCCACAAGCCCCUCCUGACAAUAGGGAAGGAAGGAAGACUCCCCCCAGCACAUUUUAUGAGGCCAGAAGAACAUUGACAGCAAACCAAACAGGAAACUACAAUGUGGGAACAUCACAGGAAGCCCUCUUUGUGAGCCAGAUGUGGACCCCUAAGCAAAAGAGCCGCAUAGAAGAUGCAGUGAUGUACGAAAUGGAUGUAGAUAUCACAUCAUGACCAUGCUGGUUAUGUUUUUUUUUCAGGAAUGUGUGGUUAGUUUCAUAUUCAAAAAUCAAUUGAUACAAUUCAAACAUUAUUAAAAGAAAAAAAUAGAAAAAACAGGAUUUAUAUAUAAAUGGAUGCAAAGCUUUUCAUAAAAUACAUCCCCAACUUGAAAUGGAAAAAAAAUAAAAGACACCUCAGACAUGAAAGGGAGUUCCCUAACAUCUAUCAGAGUAUCAUUAAAAAUCUACAAGGGAAAUAACUUGGAAAAGUAAAAGCUUGAAGUUUUUCUGCUUGCGAUUAAGACUGAGACAAGGAUAUUCACUAUUCUGUAGGGCACUUGAAGAUCCAAACAAUUAAAAUUUUU